UUUGUGGCAGGCAAUCAUAUUUAGACCAAGAAUAAAGGCCAACAACUGCGUGGUAGUAGACUGAUGAAUCCCAAAGCUAAAGUAGAUAGCUAAUUUUGCAAAGUUUACAAGUCUUGAAGCACCGCCAUAAAAAUCAAGCAACUGUAAUGCUAGUAUUUUUUUUUUGGAAUUGAGAUGUUCCCUUAGAUGCUCAUCCUGCUUUUAUGGCAUACUUGUCAAAUCCUUUGUAAUUUCUGGUUUAGAUUGUGCUGAAUGAAUCAUUCAUUUUAUUUUUUUUAAAUAUUCAUGCAACGUAAUGAUAAAUUAAAAAUUACAUGGAAAAUUAUCCUCCAAAUUGAGAAAAAAAGAAAAUCUAAAAGUAAAAUAAAAAUCAUAAUGCCAAACUUUGCAAUUUGAGACAACAACAUGUUUGUUUUCUCUUGUCCAAAAUAAAAAAAGACAUGUUUGUUGUUUCCUUUCAUAUCCAUUGGAGUUUAUAAUAUUUCUUCAUUUUGAGGAGAAGAAUAAAAAAAAGAUUUUCAUCUUAAAGCCAAAAGAUUUUCCAAAUAAAAUAAAAAAAAACACUUAAAGCCGAAAGACAGAAACAGGGCUCACUACUCUCUGUAAUGACGAUAAUACCCCUAUUCUCGGAUGCUUCUUCGCGCUAAAAAUGAGACCACGCUAGAGAUUGAGAUGGAAGCCACUGCCGUCCUUAUCGGUAAACCCAUCGACAUUUCCAAUUUCAACACAGUUUUAUUUUUUAUUUUUUCAAAAUUAAAAAAGUCACAUUCCGAAAGCAUAAAUACUUAAAUUAAAUAUUAAAAGCUCCAAAAUUUUUAUUUUCGAUUUAAAUACCAAUAUUAAUAAUAAAUCCCCGCUAACCAACCUACGCGCCGUCUCACGCGCCCCACCGGGAUCCGAAGCUUUGUUAAGAUGGAAGAGCCCAAGGCAGUGGAGACGGAGAAGAAGCUCCAAAACCCCAUUCAAGAUCCGCACCCGAUCCCCGAUUCGAAAGACUCACUUCAUGCUCCGAACGGCGACGGUGGCUGGGCAAGUGUAGAGAUGGGAUCGGAACCUCAACAUCAAGCUCCGCCUCCGACUGAGAAUCAGGCCGAUCCAUCGACGAACCGAUCUCCAACAGGGUCUAAGAAAUCGGUCAGGUGGAGCCCCGAAUUAGUGUCUGAAUCUACUUACACCAAUAGCGCCGCGACUUCUCCUGAUCGAUCCAAUCCCUACGUCGCUUCUUCCCCUGUUCCUCCUUCUUCCUCCUUGUCUUUCAAAGAUUCGGUUGCGUCGGUGAAAAAUGUUCUGGGGAGAUGGGGAAAGACGGUGGGUGAAGCGACGAAGAAGGCUGAGGAUUUCGCUGGAAACACAUGGCAGCACUUGAAAACGGGCCCUAGUUUUGCUGAUGCUGCCAUGGGAAGAAUUGCCCAAGGAACAAAGGUCUUAGCUGAAGGCGGUUAUGAGAAGAUCUUUAGACAAACAUUUGAGACAGUUCCUGAGGAGCUACUUCAAAAUUCUUUUGCAUGUUACCUAUCCACAUCAGCAGGUCCAGUUAUGGGUGUUUUAUAUGUCUCUACAGCAAAGCUUGCAUAUUGUAGUGAUACUCCUCUAUCAUAUAAAAAUGGUGACAAAACUGAAUGGAGCUAUUAUAAGGUGGUUAUCCCAUUACACCAGCUUAAAGCGGUGAAUCCAUCGUCAAGCAGAUCCAACAACUCUGAAAAGUAUAUCCAGGUUAUCUCCAUUGAUAACCAUGAAUUUUGGUUCAUGGGCUUCCUAAACUACAAUGGGGCUGUCAAAGUCCUACAAGACGCUUUAGAAGGCCGCACCUUACAAUCUGCAUGACUAAAAAUAAGUUAAAAGAAAUGUCUUAUGGAGAAAUUUCUCUCAUUUGUAUCCUCUUGUUUUGACUCCUGAAGUUAUAUAAUAUAUAGCUUCAAUAAAUUCAUAUCAAGUAAUUUCAUAGCUUACUGAUCGGAUGUUUGGGUGGACCAAUUUUUGAAUAGUAAUUUUCUUCUGAUUCUAUGUACUGGGCUUUGCAUGUGGCAACUUUCAUGAAAACAUGAAAAUGGGGAUUUAGUCAUUUUGCAGAACCAGUAGUAGUGACGGCUGUCGUUCAACGAUUGGGGCUUAUGUGGCUUAGUUUGUCUAUUAUUCUUUGUUACCUCUUUCAAAUGGUACAACUAUAAUAUAAUAUGAUAUUCUUGUAAUUAA